AUGAUACGUGAGGGUCCUGUUGGUUGUGCUGGAGCUGGCAAUGCUAGCGGAUGGAUGCAGGAUGCAGAAUUUUUACUGUUUCUACAACAUUUUAAAAGACAAGUCAAGCCCAUAGUUGAUCAAAAAUGUUUGUUACUGCUCGACAACCAUGCAUCACAUAUAUCUAUUCAAGCUAUAGACUUCUGUAAAGAAAACGGGGUAGUACUGCUAUCGUUUCCACCCCAUUGCACCCACAAGCUUCAGCCUUUGGAUAGAGCAGUUUUUGGGCCAUUUAAGAAAAUGAUAAACUACGCUACAGACAACUGGAUACGAAAUCAUCCUGGUCGAACGAUAACUAUAUAA